AUGAGAAAUGUUGUAUUGAAGAAGGAGAUAAAGUUUCCUAAUGCAAAGGUGUUCAAAGUUGUUUUGAGGGAGUAUGCAAUUAAAAAACCCGUUGACAUAAAAUUCAAGCCAAAUGAGAGGAUCAAGAUAUCAGUUCACUACAAGAAUGAGUGGAGGCCAGAGGAGCUUCGGUUGGUCUUCAUUUCUGAUAGACAGAAGGAGCUUAUACCUGCAAUAGAGAUACUAUUCCCUGUUGUGGAACAAGAAAACAAGGGGUCUUGGAUAUGGUUUUUGGAAAUAUUUGUUGAUGAUAUAGGGAGGCCAGAUGAGCUUCGGUUGGUCUUCAUUUCUAAUAAGCAGAAGGGGCUUAUACCUGUAAUAGAGAUAUUGUUCCCUACUGUGGAGUAUAGAUACUGUGUGAAACACAUUUAUAACAAUUUCAAAGUUGAUCACAAGGGAUUGGAGCUAAAGGAUGCACUGUGGAGGUAUGCUGCUGCCACAACAGUAAGGGAGUUUGAGAGAGGCAUGCAGUACAUAAAGGAUUUGGAUGAAAAGACAUAUCAGUAUCUUGCAAACAUUGCACCUGUACAGUGGACAAGAUCACACUUCACUCCUAGGGCCUUAAUAAAUUGUUUGGUAAAUAACUUGAGAGAGUCUUUUAACUCAAUGAUAUUGAAGUCUAGGGACAAGCCUAUCUUGGUAAUGUUGGAGUGGAUUAGGGUUAGACUUAUGACUAGGCUUUACACAAAAAGGAAAGGGAUAAAGAAGUGUGCUGCAAAGUUGUGUCCAAGCAUACAAGAUGAGUUGGAGAAAUUGAAGCUUGAAAGUAAGCCAUUUAGUGCUACCCCAAUUGACAGUUUCCUUUAUGAGGUAGCUAGUCAGUAUGAGAGGCAUGUAGUUGAUUUUAUCAAGAAGACAUGUAACUGUAGAUCUUGGGAUUUAAAUGACAUUCCAUGCAAACAUGCCAUAACAGCCAUUUAUACAAACAUUGAGACACCAAAAGACUACACCCACCCAUGCUACCACAAAGAAACUUACAUAGAGAUAUACAAGGAGGUACUUCCUCCCAUGCUUGGCCAGUCAGAAUGGGCUGAGAUUGGACAAUUUGCUCCCCUAGCAUCUCACAUAUACAAACCACCAGGCAGGCCACCCAAGCAAAGAAAGAGGGCUCUUGAUGAGCCUCGGAACCCUUACAAAGCAAGUAGGCUGAACAGACUUGUAAGGUGUGGGAAAUGCAAAAAGGAAGGGCAUAACUCAAGAGGGUGCAAGGCUGGGAUCACUGGGGAGACACCAUAG